CUGACGUCAGCACGUCAGCUGGCUGAAUGUUUACAUCCAGCCGCGGUGUGUUUCUGAGCGGAUCCGCUACACAACAAAAGGCUGAGGACCAGAGGAGCCGCUGAGAGCCGCUGAGACCCGGACCAGCACCCCGCGUCCCCAGCAGUCAGGAUGGGCGGAGCUGUGAGUGCCGGCGAGGACAACGACGACCUGGUGGACAACUUAAAAGAAGCGUACUACAUCCGCUCGGACCUGGUGGAGCGGGCGUUCCGAGCCAUCGACCGGGCCGACUACUACCUGGACGACUACCGGGACAACGCCUACAAGGACUUGGCGUGGCGGCAUGGAAACAUCCACCUGUCUGCUCCCUGCAUCUACUCGGAGGUGAUGGAGGCGCUGGACCUCCACCCCGGCCUCUCCUUCCUGAACCUGGGCAGUGGGACCGGCUACCUCAGCACCAUGGUCGGCCUCAUACUGGGACCAUUCGGGGUGAAUCACGGCAUCGAGCUGCACGCAGACGUGAUCGAGUACGCCUACCAGAAGCUGGACUCCUUCAUCAAAACCAGUGACAGCUUCGACAAGUUCGAGUUCUGCGAGCCUUCCUUCGUGGUGGGGAACUGCCUGGAGAUCCCUCCGGAGAGCCGGCAGUACGACCGGGUGUACUGCGGCGCCGGCGUGCAGAAGGACCACGAGGACUACAUGAAGAACCUGCUGAAGGUGGGGGGCAUCCUGGUCAUGCCCCUGGAGGAGAAGUUGACCAAGAUCACCCGCACCGGAGGGAACAGCUGGGAGACCAAGAAGAUCAUCUCGGUGUCCUUCGCCCCGCUGGUUCUGCCGAAGCACAGCACCAACGGAAAACCCAAGACGGCCCCCCUGCCCAAGUACGAGGUCCGGACGCUGCAGGAGCUGGCUCGCAUCUGCAUCCGCCACGCGCUGCGAGUGACCACCGAGGGGGGGGACGCUCAGUCCCGGGGCCGGGGGUCCUCCUUCAGCGUGGGCCGGGGUCUCGCCGUGGCCGGCCUCCACAAGUACGGCCCCCGCUUCAAACGCCGGAGGGUCCACCGCCGCCACUGCAACGCCAUGGUGCUGGCCACCCGGCAGGUGGUGAGCGGCGGCGCCACGGGCCCCGCCCCCGCCCCCCUGGACACCAACAACAACCAGGGGGGGCGGGGGGCGCCGGCCGAGGACGAGGAGGAGGUGGCGGUGGAGGCCAGGCGGCAGGUGAGGGGCAGGGAGAGGAGGGUGGGGAGGGGGCCCGGCGGCGGGGGGAGGGGAGCGGUGGUGGUGGAGGAGGAGGACACGGUGGAGGAGGAGGACGAGGAGGAGGAGCAGGACGAGGACGAGGAGAAGGAGACGGGCGAGCUGCUGCGCCCCCAGCCGGCCGUCAACGUCCUGCGGGAGAGGAUCCUGGCGCUGCCGCUGCCCGAGCCGCUCAAGAUGUACCUGCUCUACUACCGGGAGAAAUGAGGCCCGGCACGGAGCCCAGACCCCCCACCCAGCCCACCGGGCAGGAACACCACCAAGUCCUGUACCCGGGUCCGCCUGGACCACCUCCUCAAGCCUGUCCCCAGCUCCUCCCUGGACCACCCACAAUCCUGUCCCCAGGUCCGCCUCAGCCCAGCAUCAAGUCCUGUCCGCCCCGGACCACCCUGGACCACCCUGGACCGCCCCAGACCACCCUGGACCACCCCAGACCACCCUGGACCGCCCUGGACCACCCCGGACCGCCCCGGACCGCCCUGGACCACCCCGGACCACCCUGGACCACCCUGGACCA